AUGCAACAAGUUUAGGCAUUACCUCCCCAGUUUUUCUAAGGCUUAAAAAUCUAAUCUACCUUGGGUGAAGGACAUGAUGCUAAAGUUCUUCUCGCGCUUGAGACCAAAGGAAACGAAAAGAAAGAAUAUGCCUUGAAGUGCCAAGCCCAAAAAAUAUAAGACACCGCCAUUAACUUAUUCAAUGAAAUACAAAUUCUCAUCCACAUCAAGCAUCCCCAUAUAAUUGAGCUAUUCGGCUACAGCCAAGAUUUCACAUGUCUGGUCCUUCAAUAUUGUCCCUAUGGCACCUUAGUUUAAUUGAUCAAAUCCUCUCCAUUUCCAGUUUGCAUAGCUGCCUCCCUCAUGUAUCAGGUAACUCUAGCUCUAACUUAUAUGCAUGAAUAAGGAUUUACUCAUGGAGAUCUUAAAUUAUCAAAUGUUCUUAUAGAUAGUUAAUACAAUAUCAAAUUAUGUGAUUUCGGUUUUGCCAGAUGGAAUGGGAAGAUGGCAAUCGAAAAAUAAACCAUAGCUGGUAGUGAAGGAUACACUGCUCCAGAAAUAUGGACAUCAAAUCCAAAUUAUAUAAAGAGUGACUUGUUUUCGGUUGCUGUUAUAUUUUUCAUUUUAAUAACUGGUCAUCCUCCCUUUGAAUCAAAUAAUCCAGACAAUCAUGAUCCAUGGUGGAAUUUAAUUAAAAAUAAACAAUGGGACACCUAUUGGAAGGACAUACGAUCAAACUUAGAUCAAGAAUGCAAAAAUUUAUUCGUUUAAAUGUUUAGUAUCCAACCUGAGGAAAGAUUGAGUGCCAAUCAUUUGAACUAAUGGUUUAAAUUAAAACAAACUACUCAAGAGAAUCUGAUUCAAGAAAUAAAAAAAAGGUUAACUGAGAUGUGA